CUCAAUAUUAUUAUUAUUAAAAAAAAUGUCUAAUUUUCAUAUUCUCUCCAAGUAUAGAACCAAGAUUCUAUCUUUAUUCUUCAAUAUCAUCUUCCUUGUUAUAAUUUCUUGUCUCACAUUUCAUUUCUAUUCAUCAAAUUCCAAUUUUUAUCCAAACAACACUUUCACAAUUCCCCAAAAAAAUAAUUUCUUGAAAAGCAAUGAUAUUGGUUGUAAAGGUAUUGAAAAAUUUGUUACUAGUGAUGAGAAGUGCACUUAUGUUAAAUCCCAUGAAGGGUGUAAACCUAAUGGAUAUAUUUUUUAUCUACAACUUUUUUAUUGCACUUUUAGCCCUAUUCUUGGUUAUAUUUUACUAGCACUUUGGUUAAUUUUACUUUUCUAUUUAUUAGGUGAUACUGCUAGUACUUAUUUUUGUUCUUCACUUGAUGGAUUAUCAAAAAGUUUGAAACUUUCUCCUAUUAUUGCUGGUGUUACACUCCUUUCACUUGGUAAUGGUGCACCUGAUUUUUUCUCUAGUAUUGUAUCUUUUAUGAAUGAUGAUACAAAUGAUAUUGGAUUCAAUAGUAUAAUUGGUGGUGCUUUCUUUGUUUCAAGUGUUGUGGCUGGAGUUACAAGUAUAUCAAUUAGUCAACAUGAAAGGAAGAUCAAGAAGUCAAGUUUUAUAGGGAAUGUCAUGUUCUUGAUUCUUUGUGUUGUGUGUCUCCUUGUUGUGAUCAUUGUUGGGAAGAUUCACUUGUGGGGUGGUUUAGGUUUCUUUGUGUUGUAUUUGGUCUAUGUUUGCUUCAUAUUUGCCUCAGAAAUGUAUGUUAAACAAGAAGAGAUUGGGACAAAUGAUGAUGAUUCAUUUGGUUUGCCAAUGGUUUGUGAUAUGAAAAAAGGUCAAGAAUUGGCAUGUGAAUUGAAGGUGCCUUUGUUGGUGGAUGAGGUUUCAAGUGGAAAAAGAGUUUGUGUGUUGAGAAAAGUUGGGUAUGUUCUUGAAUUACCACUUGAUUUGCCAAGAAAGUUGACAAUUCCAAAUGUUUCACAAGAGAAAUGGUCAAAAUCAUUUGGGAUUGUGUCAAUCACUUUAGCUCCUUUGUUAUUGGUUCUCAUUUGGGAUUUUUUUGGGCCUAAAUCAAGUAUUUGGGCCUAUGGAAUUAGUGGUGUUAUUGGGCUUUGUUGUGGGGUUCUUGUGUUUUUCACUAGUGAUGGGCUUCAUCCACCAAAGAAGUUCAACUUUUUAUGGCUUGGGCUUGGUUUUUUAAUGAGCAUUACAUGGACUUACAUCUUGGCUGAAGAACUUAUUUCUUUAUUGGUCUCAAUGGGCCUAAUCUUUGGGAUAAGCCCAUCAAUUUUGGGCCUAACUGUCCUUGCUUGGGGUAACUCAUUAGGAGACUUGGUAGCUAAUGUAACACUAGCAAAAACAGGUGGGCCUAUAGGAGCCCAAGUGGCUUUAUGUGGAUGCUAUGCUGGGCCUAUAUUCAACACCUUAGUGGGCUUGGGCUCAUCACUCAUUUUCACAACUUGGAAAGCAUUUCCUUCAAGUUAUAUUGUGCCAAUAGAUUCAACUAUUUAUGAGACCAUUGGGUUUUUACUAUUGGGCUUACUUUGGGCCUUGGUAAGCUUGCCCAAGAGAGAUAUGAGGCUUGAUAAGUUCUUUGGAGUUGGGCUUUUAGCUAUAUACUCAUGUUUCUUGUUCUUAAAACUUGCUAGAGCUUUGGGCUUCAUUGAAUAUCAAGCUUCCCCAUAGAAACCUCGUGAAUAAGGAAGCAUGUCGACUCUGAAAGGAAGCUCCCGAGAAGGAAAGAGAAGAAAAGAACCAAUGAUAUCAUUCUAAGUCGAUUGCUUCUCUCGAGAUAGUAGUGACAAAGCUAGGUUGAAGCACUUUGUAGUAAAGUAGAAUCAAAGAUCUCUACUUAGAUGUAAAGUUGUAUUUAUGUAUUUAACCUAAUUAUAUAUAUAAUGGUACUGUUUUAUCUUGCAUAUCAA